GGAAGUUGUUUCAGCUGCCAUGUUUGGUUGCUUUGUUGUAGGCUUCUACAAGAUUUCCUACAGAAUUAGUAAGUGUGGAAAUGGAGCCGAGCUGGAGUACGUUUCUUUUUCAACAGGCCAAUGAAGCCCUCCACCACCAGCAUCAUGUGGCCCAGAACAGCCUGCUGCCACUUCUCAAUGCAGGAGUCGAACAAAUUGACCAGAAGCCUAUCCUGCCCAUCCACAUAGAACAGAAGCCCCCGACCAGCGCUGCAGAACUCCUUAAAGACAAUGUGGCCAGCGGAGGAGGCGGACGGCCACAAGUUCCCGUCAUUAAGAAGGAACACAAAGGCAAGACGCCGUUCGUCUGUGGCUACUGCAACAAGGCCUUCCGCGACAGCUACCACCUGCGGCGCCAUGAGUCCAGCCACACUGGCAUCAAGAUGGUGUCGCGGCCAAAGAAGACCGCCCAGUCAGCCCCGACCAUGGUACCCAUGAUCUCCACCAUGUCGCGAGACCACAACGGCCACCCCUCCUACAUCUCCACGGUGGCGGGAAUCCUCUCCACGGCGACCACCUCGGUUUCCUCGGGCGCAAGCAUCAUGACGUCGUCUGCAAUGGGCAACAUGCAACAGCAAAACACCCCCAAGAAACCCGCCAAACCGGUCAAGAAGAACCACGGGUGUGAGAUGUGCGGCAAGGCCUUUCGCGAUGUCUACCACCUGAACCGCCACAAGCUGUCCCACUCGGACGAGAAGCCUUUCGAGUGCCCCAUCUGCCAGCAACGCUUUAAGAGGAAGGACCGCAUGACCUACCACGUUCGCUCUCAUGACGGGGGGGUUCACAAGCCUUACGUUUGUUCAGUGUGUGGGAAAGGCUUUUCCAGGCCAGACCACUUGAGCUGCCAUGUGAAGCAUGUGCAUUCCUCAGAAAGACCGUUCAAAUGUCAAGUAACGGCCUGUACCUCUGCUUUUGCCACCAAAGACAGACUGCGCUCCCACAUGAUCAGACAUGAGGGCAAGGUGACCUGCAGCAUCUGUGGGAAGAUGCUGAGUGCAGCGUACAUCACCAGCCAUCUGAAGACUCACGGACAGACCAACUUCAACUCCUGUAACAAAGAGGGUAACGGAGUCUGCAACUCUAACUCGGCUACACCCGUGACCAUCUCUGCCCCCAUCACCUCUUCGAUGAACCGGGGCCACUCCAACCACCCAGUCACCAUCGCUGCUCAAAUGAACAUAAGCACCAACACGGUGAACGUGAUGUCUGCGAUGGGCCUCCAGCACCCGGUCACCAUCAGCGGGCCCAUCAACAUCUCCUCCCUCAACAUCCCCACAUCGGGGGCAAUGAAUAUCGCCCACCCGGUCGCCCUAACGACCGCCAUGUCCAUGAAUAUGGGCGGUCCGCUCAACAUCGCCAUGAGAUCAAUGGAUAGCAUGCCUUUUCUGUCCCAAGUCUUGCCUUCUUCCCCACCCUGGUAACGUGGAGGGUGUUGAACUGGGCCAGAGAGAAAGGGAAAAUGAAGUUAAACAAGAGACUCCUGUCCUCCCCCAACCCCCUACACCCCUCCAUUAUGUUUACCCCCCCCCCUGAAGUGGACAUUUACACGAGCUGUGCGGCCGGUAGGAGCUCCCCGAGUCACAGCUAGUGUUAAAGUGACUGACACCAGAUGCAGAACACUCGAGUAGAAAUCGCGUAGGAUUGAUCUUGAAAUCAGGACAAGACUUUAGAGUAGUCAGUUAGAGUGAUGAAACUGUGAUUUGUAUAACGAGAAACAAGAGGAGACCAUUCCUCGAAGGACUCCGUAGGAAAAACACCCCUGUGCUUUUGUAAAAGGGAGAUGAGAAACGGACUGAAGCAAUAACUAUGAUUGCUGUUUUUGGUGUUUUUUUGCAAGUUCUCUCCCAAAGCCUCUGGGUGUUACUUUGUAUGUUUAUUUUUAUUUUUAUUAUAGCCUGCUAAUCACUAUUUAAUGUUAUAGGAAAUGAGUCUAGUAAAAGGGACAGCCGCUUCCAUUUGCAUGGAAGUACAGUGGGGCAAAAAAGUAUUUAGUCAGCCACCAAUUGUGCAAGUUCUCCCACUUAAAAAGAUGAGAGAGGCCUGUAAUUUUCAUCCUAGGUACACUUCAACUAUGA